AUGACGGACUCACUGCAAUGGGACGUCGUCAUCACAGCUUUCUCCACCGUCCCCGACACACGCUUCCUCUACGUGGGCGAUGAGAAUGGUGUGUUCCACGUGUUGGAGGUGGAUGACGGUGGUCGCCUCAACAAACGCCCCUACUCCGUGCCUCCCUAUGUCACCAUGGCGGGUCUCGUGAAGCAGGAGUCGACCCACAUGCCAGCCCUCAUAGCCAUUCUCCCCCAACCUGAAGCCCUCCACACGCGCGUCCUCCUCGCCUACUCCAACUCCCUCGCGCUCCUCUGGGACCUCCACGCCCUCCGCGUCCUCGCCACGCGCGGCGGCUCCGAGAUGCAGUGCACGCGCCUCUCAGAAGCCGGAGACCGGCUAGCCGACCUCCAAACAGGCAGGCGAAACGUCCCGAAACCCACGGACGAGGACGAGGAGGACGACGAGGAGUGCGAUGGGCCGGAGUUAUCCUGCUUGUGCUGGGCUUGUCCGGCCGGAUCGGUGUUUGCUGCCGGGUAUACCAACGGGGAGAUCGCGCUUUGGGGGCUGCCCCACCCUCCGCUGCCCGUGGGGGCGGGAGGAGCAGCGGGAGUGCCGGGAGUGCAGGGAGGGCCGUCACCGUCGGGGUCUUUUUCCUCGUCGGUGGUUCCGACGAUUUCGGUUUCGCUGUCGUCGGGGGGGUUGAAUGCGCCGAUCUCGCCGUGCAGUUUGAAGGCGCUUGGCGAGGAGAUUACAUCGCAGCCGUUGGUUCGGCUGCAGGUGCAGGGCGGGAAGGGCGAACGGUCGGCGAUCACUGCGCUGAGAUGGCUGUACGUGUGUGGAGGGGAGAUGCCAGGGCUACCAGGGUCAGUGAGUGUGGUGCAGCUGGGGGGGUUAGAGGAGGGCAUGAGGGAGAAGGGGAUGGUGAAGCUGCCAUGGUUUGGGCCCGUGGCUGAUGUCGUGGUGGCUCCUAGUACGCUCGGCAGCACCGUUGCCUCUGCCAUUCUCGUCCUCACCUUCCCAGGCCAGGUCCAUCUGUACGACGAGCCAGGCAUGGAGCAGCACCUGUGUGCGCGCCUGCUCUCCCCGUCGCCCUCCUCCCACACGCCCACUCCUCCCGACCCCGUGGCGUUUGAGAACCCGGGCUCGGCGGUUACCACCGGCAGGCUCAUGCUCGCCCCAUGGGGCACGCAUGCCUCGCAUGUUCUCUCUCAGCUGCCCCGUGUGUCCCAGACCCGAUGCCCAUCAGCUCUCUCGCACGGCACCAAGUGGCCCGUGGCGGGGGGCUCAUUCGGCCAGCAGCCGGAAAUUUCUCCAGAGGACGGGCUGUGCCUGUACAUCUCGGGCCACCGCAACGGCGUGACCCACGUCUCGGACGUCUCGACUCCCCUCAUCGUCCCCCUAGCUUCGGCACCAGCGCACCUGACCCAGGCUGACGACCAGCCAAGCUACACGGCAGUAACAGCGGUGGACUUCUGUGCGGUAUCAGCGCUGCUGCUGGUGGGGCAUGAGGACGGGCUGGUGGAGCUGUUUGAGCUGAGCACAAGGAGGAGAACGCUGUGCUGCCAGAUCAUCACCGAGAGAGGCGGAUACGAGCAAGGUGCAUGCACUGGGGCGAAAGGGGAAAUGCUGGGGCAGACGGGUAGUUCCACCAGCACCGCGCCAAGGUGUGGCUGCUGUAAUCUCACUCCAUUCUCACCGCUUCCCACCCCUUCUUACUGCGUUCCACCACCAGCCACACCCAGCGAGUGCGAGGAGGGUUUUCAGAUGGUGGCCCAGUUCCACCAGCAUCGCGCGAAGGUGCGCAGCGUCGCCCUGGCAACAGGCGUGGGCCGCCUAGCGAUCGGGGACGACAACGGCAUGAUCUCGCUCAUAAACCUCGACACCUUCACCCUCAUCUGCUACCGCGAGCUCCACCCCGGCUCCUCCUCCUCCCCCAUCUCCGCCACUGUCUUCGCCGCCCUCCCCGUCCCGUCCUCCUCCUCCUCCUCCUCCUCCUCUUCCUCCUCCUCCUCCUCUGCUUCUUCCGCCCUCACCUCUGCGUCUUUCCCCACUUCCUCCUCGGCCUCUGUGGCUGCUUCUGCGACUGCCGCGUCUGACGCGGCUGCUGCCCGGAGCGCGGCGAAUCAGAGGAAGGGGAGCGUUGGGGCGGGCGGGGCGUCAGGGGCGUAUGAGACGGUGGUGUAUGUGGCAGCGGCCAACACGACAAUGACCAUUCUCGAUGGCACCACGGGGGAUGUCGUGGGCGUGGGACCCAUGCAGCCCAAACACGCCUCCGCUGCUGUCGGCCUGUUCCUCCUCGACCUGAUGGGGUCCGCUAUUCCAUCAUUUGGAGGCAAGCUGCCUUUGCUAUGGGCGAUGCAACAGCCCUCCAUGGCCCGUGGCCUCAACUCCCGGGCCUCCGCUGCAGGCUCGCCCCCGUCCGGGCGGCGAAACCCUAAAAAGCCGCCAUCCGUCACUGUAGACACCACAUCCGCUACCACUGACCCGUCUGCCGCCGCUACUGCCGCCCACGGGCCCGAGAACAGUCCAAAUUCCGCCGCCCGUGCUGAUCCCAGCCCGAGAUCCCGGGGCGGCCCGAGAAUCAGCAUCCAACUAACUGCGGGCGGCAGUCUGAGCUUCAACAUUGUCUCUUCUGGGGAUGCAGAGAGGGAGGCCCUGCAAGGGGGCAGGGCACAUCAGGAUGGGAAUGGGGCGGUAGGGGGAGGAGGGGGGCAGAGAGGUGGGGGAGGGUCAGGGGGAAAUGAUGGUGAGGCAAUCAUGAGUAUGGGUUCUAUAGGAGGUGGGGGAAAAGGGGGAAGGGGAGGAAUGGGUGACCUAACCACAGGUUCGGGUGGCUAUUCUGGCUAUGCCACGGCUCAGGACCGAACCUCCGCUAUGUUCAAGCGCUCCCUGACCUCCGUCGCAGGCUCGGGGAAUGCGGUUUGGCCCGAGCCUCAGUUUGUGCUGCUGGUGUCAGAGGACUGCCUGAGGCUUUAUUCCACCAUGGUUGUUCUUCAGGCGGAGAGAUCAGCGCUAAAGCGGGUGAAGAUAUUUGAGAACGACAAGUGUGUGUGGGCGGGCACGUUCGGGGUGCACCCGCAGUAUCCCCCGGCUGUCAUCGUCAUCUCGUCCCAAGGGCUCGUUGAAAUCAGGUCCCUGCCUGACCUGCUGCUCGUCACAUCCACAUCGGUGUCGGAGAUGCUUGGAUGGCAGUACGACAGCCUGCUCAUGCUGCCGCUCACAUGCAUCGCUUCUGACGGCCGCAUUGCCUUUCUGGAUGGGGAGACGGAGAUGGUGCGCCUCUCGUUGUUUGCACGAGAAAACGCCAUCGGCCUGCCUGACUCACUCUCUCGCCUCGUCGACCCAUCCAUUCGAGCCUCCAUCCCUCCUCCCCCGCUCACAACCUCCUUCAACACAACUUCCACCGCCACCACCACCACCACCACCACCACCGUUACCACUACCGCUGCCGCCGCUGCUGCUGCGGCGGUUGCUGCUGUGGAGGGGUCUCCAAGGCUCGAGGAGUCACCCGGUCAUGGGGGAGGGGAUGCACUGCGGGCUGUGAAAAGCGAGGGCUUCUUGCAACCCGGGGAUGCUGCUGCGUCCGGUUCACCCUCGUACCUCCGAGGCACCAAGGUUCUCCGCAGCAGCAGCAGCACCUUCAAGAUCCUCCAAAGCUCCCCCAGAGUGCAGCCCACCGCUCUGCACCCAGCUGCAGACCUCCUUCCGCUCUUUUCCUCCGCACCCUUCGCACCCCCUGCUGCUGCGGCGGACGGGGAGGAGGGGGAGGAGGGCGAGGGGGAGACGGAGGAGGAGAAGAAGCAGACAGGAAGCUUCUCGGAGAGAGAGAAACCAGACCUCAUGCUUGACACCUCCGUCGCCUGUGACAGCCCGACCACCCCCGAUGGAACCGUUACCACGCCGCACCCUGCUGCUGCUGGCAAGAAGAGCCUCUUUGGCUUUCACCGCACCAACUCCAAAGGUCGCAGCAAGGAGAGUGAGGGCGCGUUCGGACCAGGAGCAGUUCACGCAGCCACUCCUCGACCCAAGUCAACCGAGGAGAUUCGAGGGGGGUUUGGAACGCGCCGUCAGCAGCAGGCUGAGGAAAGCCAAUAA